AUGUAGAGGAAAAAUAACAAUAAAGAUAUACAGGCUAACCUAGAGAACUCUAGACUCAAUUAUUAAGAGACUGAAGCAAGUAGUGAAGUCAUAAAUGAUAAAACUACAAAGGGAUAGACUCUAAAAAUCUACCAAGCGAUAAAUCUUUAAAAGGCAAUGAUGCCGGUAUAUCUUGUGGGUCUGAUGUAUUAUUAUGGAAAUUUUUCAGACUAGAUGAUUGUCUAUUCUAUUAUGCACGGUUCUUAUGGUCUCCUUUGGAUCAUAAAGCACUUCACUUUUCCAGACAAAUCCUUUGAAGACCCGAUAUCUAUUUUUGGAGCAAUAAUGAUAUGGGUUUUAGUUCUUGGACCUUAUUUGGUUCCAGGUUGGAUUAUUGCCAGUGGAUAUUCUCAAGAGAUUACAGACAAAAAAUGGAUUUAUUCAAACCUAGUGGUAUAUAUAUUCUCUGUCAGCGUAAUGCUUUGUUCUGAUGCUUAGAAAUCGCACAUACUGACAAUUUACAGGCAAUUCAACCUCUCUACAAAGGAGAAACCCUUACUGAUUAAUAAUGGGUUCUUCAAGUACACAAGAAACCCAAAUUACUUGGGAGAAAUGUCGCUAUAUUUCACUUUUGCUGCAUUAAGUAAUCAUUGGAUUUCUUAUUCAAUCAUAUUUAUGACAUGGGCUAUUGUUUUAAUGCCUGGAAUGGCGAAGAAGGAUGAAAGUUUAAUGAGAAAACCUGGCUGGGAUCAAUAUUCUCAGUAGUCUUGGCGAUUGAUACCAAAGAUUAAUGGAAGUUUAAGAGAUAGUAUAAUAUUCUACAGCAUUUCUAUAACAUCCAUUAUUUUCUUUUUUAAGGCAUGA